UCUGAAACAAAAAGAAUGUGUAUCUAAAAUUGAGAUUAUCAAGUGACCUACUUGCAUAAACUUGUCUUCCUUCCUCCACGUUAUUUGUUACCUCUGUGUGAUCUGAAGUAUGUUCUGGAAGAAGAAAAUUUGUGGUGAGGCAGUUCACCACACCGCCCAGCGUGUGGGCCAAGAAUGAGAGAGCCAUCGCUCGGGAAGGUCGCCCGGCAGUGAGCGUGAGGACACCCAGGGCGCAGGGGUCCUCGGGUGGGACAGCAUCCACGCGGUCUUACGUGGCAAGAAGGCCAGGGUGUUUACGCCGGUGAAGAGAACCCUGAAGAUUUAAGAAAUCUGAGAUUGAAGGGGAAAAGGCAGUGGCCGCUUCUUUGUGGAACAAAGAGCUCCCUCUCCCACUGACUCACUCCUCUACUGUCUCCGCUGGUGAGCCGGAGGGGCUGGACGCCCACCCCCUUCCGUACCAGGCCCGUAUUUUCCGCCGAAAACAAGAGCGUGAUGAGCGGGGAACCGAUGAACAUCAGCGACGUCUUCGGUCUGAGUGAGGAUUACUUUGGGUCGGGUAAUAAUAGCUCGGAUUACUCAAUCGAUGACAGCACGUUACUGUGCUCCCUGCGGGAGGUCAGAACGUUCUCUGGGCUGUUUGUGCCGAUCGCUUACUCCCUGAUCUGCGUCUUUGGCCUCCUGGGCAAUGUUUUGGUGGUGGUCACCUUUGCUUUCUACAAGAAGGCCAAGUCUAUGACAGACGUGUACCUCCUGAACAUGGCCAUCGCCGACAUACUCUUUGUCCUCACCCUCCCGUUCUGGGCCGUCAGCCACGCCACCGGCGAGUGGGUCUUCAGCAACGCCACGUGCAAGCUGAUGAAGGGCAUCUGUGCCAUCAACUUCAACUGCGGGAUGCUGCUCCUGACCUGCAUCAGCGUGGACCGCUACGUUGCCAUCGUCCAGGCCACCAAGUCCUUCGGGCUGCGGUCCAGGACGCUGGCGCACCGCAGGGCCAUCUGCUUCGUGGUCUGGGUGGCUUCCGUCCUCACCUCCGGCUGGACGUUCACGUUCAACCAGAAGUACGACGUGCACGGCAGCUACGUGUGCGAGCCCCGGUACCAGGCGGUCUCAGACCCCGUCAAGUGGAAGCUGCUGAUGUUGGGGCUCCAGCUCCUCUUCGGCUUCUUCAUCCCGCUGGUGUUUAUGAUCUUUUGCUACAUGUUCAUCGUCAAGACCCUGGUGCAGGCUCAGAACUCCAAGCGGCACAAGGCCAUCCGCGUGAUCAUCGCGGUGGUGCUGGUGUUCCUGGCUUGCCAGAUCCCCCACAACAUGGUGCUCCUGGUGACGGCCGCGCAGCUGGGCAGGACGAACCGCUCCUGCCAGGGCGCCAGGCUGCUGGGCUACAGCCAGAACGUCACCGAGGUCCUGGCCUUCCUGCACUGCUGUCUCAACCCCGUGCUCUACGCCUUCAUCGGCCAGAAGUUUCGGAGCUACUUCCUGAAGAUCGUGAAGGACCUGUGCUGUGUGCGGAGGAAGCAGCGGAAGGCGUCGGGCUUCUCCUGCUCCAGGCUGCACUCGGAGGCCUUCACCUCCAGGCAGAACAGCGAGACCGUGGACAACGACAACGCGUCGUCCUUCACCAUGUGACCGGCCCGGGGCCACGGCCCCCCGCCCCCCCCCCCCCGGCGGCUCGGGGAACGUGCACUCGGACCGGGACCCCGUCCCCCCGUGGGACUGGCCGCGGGGGUCUCAUCCUGACGGGGCGGCCGGGGCCCCCAUGUGGCGUGUCCCCACUUUUCUUCCCCGCAGCCCUGAGCCCCCCGGGGCUCCCCACGGCUGGCGUUCCCCGGAGCAGAGAGGACUCUUGACGGACGUGGACGUUUUCGGAAGCAGGCGUGGAACCGCCCCUAGAGCACGGUGUCUCCUGGUCACAGCACACACGCGCGGGGUUCACGAGACGGAAGCAGAGAACGUCACACGAGAGCCUCACACAAGGCAGCACAGGCAGACGCUGAAACGCGUUCCCCGGGCUGCAGAAGCGGCCUGGCGGACGGGAGAGAGCGGGUCGCAACGCGCCGUCGGGAGAGCAGACGUUUGCUUUAUUUCCCUGGGAAAACGGUCACUGCAGAUACGACAAUUCUCCUCCAAAAAUCUGUUCGACAGAGUUCCACGAAGACGCAUGCCAUCGGCACACUUUCAGCACACAGAAGGGCUUAAUAAAUACUUGUUACACAAAGCGUAGUGAAAUUGGGGGUUGGAGUACAGUCGGGAGUGUUAGGUGUUUAAAUCUGAGUUUUAGAAUGGAGCAAGGAAGCUUCCUGAGACAGUAUACAGACAACUUUUGCUGCGCGUCCACAGCGGGUCAGAAGCGGCACACACACGGGGGGAUGUGGGUAGGAAGCGCUUCACGCUGGUGGCGAACAGGGAGGGAGGGAGAGAGAGAGAGUGAGAGAGAGAGAAUCUUAACCAGGCUCCACACUCAGUGCAGAGCCUGAUGCGGGGCUCGAUCCCGUGAACUAUGAGAUCAUGACCUGAGCUGAAACCGAGUUGGACGCGUAACCGACUGAGCCGCCCAGGCGCCCCAGUCAUGGAAUCAGACUUUAACAGCUGUCCUCAACUUUGUAGACAAAGUUCCUAGACCGCAAGGUUUGAAAGUGCUUUGUAAAUAUAUGAACGCGAGUGGAAGAAGGACGAAUAUUACAAAAAUGCAGGCAUUGUUACAAAGACGCUGACGUGUUUAAUCCUGACUCACGUGUUAUUUGAAACAUUCUACUGUUCUUGCAAGCUUCAACCGCAUCUUUCUAUGAAAUUCGAAGUGAUAGCUUAGGAUCCAGCGUCUGUAUGUUUACAGAUAGUUUUGGCUUUGCAAAAGAAAACUGUUUUGCACGGGAAGUAGGACUCGUCUUCCAGAAUCGGUGUUCUGACUUGGGAGACUGUGGUGUUCAGAGGUCCCACCUCCUUGGAACCUGUCAGCGUUCGACUCCAGAAAUCAAAGCACGGGGACAUUACUCAGAUGCCCCUCUCAGGACGGCCGAUGCGCCGAGCGGGUCUCCGCAGCUCGGCGUGUGUCCCCCGGCUGGCACAGAAGCGCCGUGUCUGCCGGGCACAGCCGGAAUAAGUUCUUGUGUAUAAUGUUUCAGAUAAGUGAAGCUUACUUCUUUAUGCCUUAGCCCGUUUAAAAUUUCAGCCAUAAUGAAUAAAAACGUUUCUAAAAUAUGA